ACCAACUAAAAAUUUCUAAAUUUAUGUAUUUACCCCCUCUACAUUUAUGCCAGGUUUCAUUAAAAUCAAUUUAUGGGUUCGCGAGGUUUCCUUAUUAACGACUUUUACGCGCAUAUAACCUAAAUCUUCGUUUCGCAUUUUUGUCUUUUAGGCACUAAAAUCUAAUUUUCGAAAUUCGACACUGUUUGUUCUCGUCGUCUUCUAAUCUGUGAAUACGAAUUUUGUAAGUAUACAAACUGUAGAUCUUUUAUAUUAAGCAAACAUUGUUAUGAUGUGACAGCAAAUUAACAAUUUUUUUCCGUUUUUGGUAGAAACUCCACUCGACAGACUGGUAGCAAUGCGUAUUCUUUUAUUCUGGAGAAGAAUUUCCAAAUCUAUAAAAAAAUAAAAAGAUAUUGCGAAACAAAAAUUAUUAUCUUUUUGUCGGUAAAACAAACAACUCCAACAUCCCCUUAACCCUUACGGUACACAUUGAAAAAGUUUUUAAGUUUAAUUGUAGAAUAAAUGUACCUCAAUUUAGAGAUAAGGAGAUAAGGAGUGUCUUUCAAAAUUUAUGAGAAAUUUCGAUGGACAGAAAUCGAGUUAACUCGAAAUUCCCCUGUAUGUAUCAUAAGGGUUAAAAUCGGGCGAAAUCCGCGGAUAUUUUCUUGUGAAGUAAAAAAGGAAUGUACUAACGUAUUGUUACUCAUCUACUGAAAAAUGAGUGUUGAAAACGAACAACCUACUUCGUCCCUCAUUCUUGUGAGUAAAAAAAGGAACGUAUUAACGUGCUGUCACUCAUCGAUUGAAAAAUGAGUAUUAAAAACGUACAAUCUACUCAAAAAUACUCAUACGCAUACUCGCGUAUACUCAUCAUGUUUUAUCGCAGUAGACUGUGCGCCCUUGAGAGUACAAAGAAACGGAUAUGAAACUGAUAAAACGGGCUAAAAACGGUCUCAAAAUGAUCUAUAUGAGGUGUAAAAGCGGUGAAAUAUUUCUGUAAGGGUACAAUCAUGCACUUUAUGUGGUACACCACUCCAGUUAUUUUCUUAUAAUCAAAGGGCUCUUUCUUUUUCUUUAUCAUGCAAUCAAGUUUUUUGGGGACUUUAAAUACAGAAUCCAGCCCAUAUUUAUUUCGCGACCGAUAUCUUCGCUAACAUCCUCAAAAUAUAAUAUAAUUAAACAGGUCCUUGGACCUUAGAAUUGAAUGCGGUGGUAUGUGGCGGAAUCACUAGAGUUGAUCUAUUUUUCGAGCUGGUUAAGUCUAAUAUUAAUGUGUUUAUUAAUCAAUUUUGACGGAAAACAAUUUUUCUUUCAUUUAUCGAUUCAGUAAACAUAGCAUCUUGCAAGGAAUAUUACCAGAAAUUCAUAAAUCACUUACAAAAUUAAUAAUUGUGGACUAUCAAUAUGUCCAGAAUUUCAACUUCUGACAUGUCUACGAUUCUAUGCAACUGUAAGUUUACAGGUUAAAUAAAGUUGAAUUUUAUUUUACAUUCUGUAAUAGAUAUAAUCAACAAUUCUGAAUUUUAUUUCAAUAUUCGAAAUUUUACGUAAACAAUUUAAUUAUUUGUUAAUGUUUUUGAAAUAGAAAAAUAGUAUUACAUGUAAGUGCUGUAUGUUUAGUCAUUAACUGCAUUGUACUUAAUUUUAAUUUAAUUACUUUCUGUCAUUUUACAGAUUACAGAAAAUAUUAAAAAAUAUUUUUUAUUAGAAGUAUUAAAAUAAUGAAUUAUUAUAGCUUUAAUCAAUUUAAUCAAUUAAUCAAUUUAUUCUUAAAUCUAAAGAAAUUAUAGAAAAAUGUUUUAUUUUAAUAGCUCGUUCCAGAAGAUUUAUUAGCUCUUUCUUAGCCCAUGCCAAAAGUGGACAAUUAUUGAAAAUCUUUUGUUAUGUUUUUUUUCUUAUCUUUUUUGUAUUUUUUUCAUAUUUUAUUAUUUUUUUAAAUAAUUUUUUAUAUUCUUGUUUUCUAGUUGUUUGAAUUUUUUUCUUCGUAAUUCAAUCUAAUAAUUAUUUUCAAAACAUGUCUCACAAAAAUAUGAAUUGCAAUGUUUAUAAAAUUUUCUUACUGUACAUGCUUUGUUGAACAAUAUUUCUGUGAACUAAUUGACUCGUUUCGUGUUCUUUCAUAUUUUUAAAGCAAAGUGAGAACAAGAACAUUAUAGUAUGCAGUAUAUAUAUAGUAAAUAUUGCAAUUCAUAUUUUUGUAAGACGUUCGAAAAUACUCAGAUUUAACUUUAAAAAAAAAAAAAAAAAAAGUAAAAAUGUGAAAAUUAUUUUAGAAAUAAAAUAUGAAAAAAUACAAAAAAUAAAAAAACACGAACAAAAAAAAUCUUAAUAAUCGUCUACUUCCACGCAAUGAGAAUAGGUAACACUGACAUGAAGUCAUUAGCAAAAGAUUUAGAAGUUAGUUAUGCCAUCAGUUAUCACUUAUAAUUAUUUCCUGAAUUGAAUGUACGUACACAAACACUCGCACACAGUGUACAUACCCAGUAAACAAAAAACAUUGAUCAACGUUUUUGAAACGUUAAUUUUAGAGAAAUUUCUUAACAUUUUAAGUUAAUGUUUCAUAAACAUUAAAAAAAUGUUACUUAAUAAUAUUGCUGUCUUAAUAUUAUUAAAAUAUUUUAAAAACACUGAGAGAAAUAGUUUGGUGAAUAAAACUAGAUUUGUUUUUAUUACAAGUAGUGUAGUAAAUUUAUAUACGAUACAUGGUUUACACAUCCAAUAGUUUGGUCAUGGUGUCUAGACGCAUCUAAUGAUCGUACCGAGACAUUUAGUCAGUAAGCAGUUUGAUAAUUUUCUCCAGACGUGUGAUAUCAGUAACGCGACAGUCAAUUAUCUGUCUCUGAGACGCUUUGUUUUUUCAUGUACGCGUAUUAAUCGAAGCUGUAGAAAAUGGAUAGUGAAACCAAAAAUAUUUACAAGAAUGGAAUUUUGUUCAAUAUAUCGAUGUAUUUCGAGGUAGAACGCGAGAUUGAUUUUGAGGCGUUUCUUUGUAUAAAUGACACGUUAUUUCAAUCGAUUAUACCCACUGUUGGACAACGUGCAAAAUUUUUAAAAAAGUUAGACAUCUUAAGAAAAAAGUUAAACGGACUCCAGGAGUUAUCAUCGAGCACUGAACAUAUAAAAGAAUUAGUUCUAGAAGAAAAUAAUUCUUGUUCGAUUUUGAAGCUCAAUGUUUCAGAAAUUCCGCAAUUAGAGGAAAACGAAGUCAUAAAUAUAGAAGCUAUUCAUAUUGAAAACAUAUCUUAUGAUUUGGAUAACAAUAAUAUAACAUUAGACACAGUGGUCAAUAAGGAAACAUCCAAGGAGCAUAAUUUGUGUGACAAAAUUGUUUGUUCCAGCAAUUGAAACUGUAUUGAAUAUACUUGGACGAGGAAUCUUCGCUUUACAAAUCAAAGAAGAUUAUAAAGCAAAUACUGCUGAAAAAAAACUUAUAGGACUUUCUCGAAAUUUUUGCAAUAAAUUGUGCUUUUUUUUUAUUAAUGAUGAGCUGAAUGGCAAUGCUUUUAGCACAAGUUUUCUUAUAUGAUGCGAAUCAAGCCUCUCUAAAGUGGCUCUCAAAAAAAAUAGAGUUAUAUAACAAAGUUCCUCUUGAGUGGAAAGCCACACAUCAAUUGCGCGUGCAUAGUUUGCAAAACAGUUCAAAUAAAGAGAAAUAUCAA